CUUAAAAUGCCCAUCGGUAAAAUAGAACCUUUUUCGGUCGAAUCACAAAACUGGGACAGUUACGUGCGUCGUCUAAAACAGUUUAUAACUUUAAAUAGUAUCGACGACGGACUUAAAGUUGCCACGUUGUUAACAUUAGUCGGUGUCGAGUGUUACAAUUUACUUUGUGAUUUGUGUUCGCCCGAUCACCCGGAGGAUAAAGAAUUCGAUGAGCUCGUUGAAUUGCUUAAACAUCAUUUGGAACCUGAAAAGUCCGGGAUAGCCGAGAGACACAUUUUUAGACAAAGAACCCAGUUAGAAGGUGAAAGCAUUCGUUUAUAUCUACAAGGAUUAAAACAUUUGGCUAAGACUUGCAACUUUGGGUCGAAACUGGAGGAGAAUCUACGAGAUCAAUUUGUCUCCGGAUUAUAUAGUGAAGAAAUGCGGUCGAGAAUAUUCGCCGAGAAGGAUAUCGACUACAAGAGGGCUGUGGAGUUGGCUAGCGCUCUCGAGGCGGCGGAGCGGCACGCGAGCACGGCGGGCGCUCCGGUCGGCGGUGAAGGCGCUAGCGCGGAUGCGCUGCACCGGGUGAGCGGCAACGGGCCAGCGGCGCGAGCGCGCGCUAGCGGAGCCGGCCGGAGUGGCGGCGCGGGCGGUGCAGCAGCGAGCAGCGGCGGCGGCGGCGGCGAUCGGGCAGCGGACGGGCGCGUGCCGUAUGCGCGAUGCGGUAGGGCUACUCACACGCCGAGUAAGUGUCGUUACAAAAAUUUCACAUGUGAUUUGUGCGGCAUGAAAGGACAUUUAAAAGUGAUGUGUUUAAAUAAAAGUAAUCACGUGGGGCCUAUUGGAAAGGCAAAGUCGAAAGGUUAGUACUUUAUAAAUAACCAUAGUGAUUCCGAGGGUGACGAUGGUAAUUUUUAUAAUUUAGUUACGGGUGGCGAAGGUGAUAGACCUUAUUACGCUACUUUGUUCGUCAAUUAUGUCAAAUGUAAAUUCGAAAUUGAUACGGGGAGUAAAAUAUCCGCAAUAUCCAAAACAUUUUAUGAUAAAUACUUUAACCAUAUUGUAAUGCAUAAUAAAAAUUUUAUAUUAAAGUCAUAUACUUAUGAUACUAUCGACACUCUCGGGUAUAUUGAUGUGGAUGUACGUUUUGGUCAAAAUUCGGCUAAACUUAAACUAUAUGUUGUUGAAAACGGAGGCCCACUUUUGAUGGGUCGUACGUGGAUCAAAGAAUUAAAAUUGACAAUUGUAGAAUGUCACAAGAUAACCGAACGUGAUUCGAUAGCUAGUAAAUUAAAACGAGAAUAUCCAGAAGUGUUUGCGGAGGGACUAGGUACUUUUAAAUCAUGCAUUCGCUUACAUUUGAACGAUAAGAAACCGGUUUUUGUUAAGGCGCGUCCUCUGCCGCUGGCGCUGCGCGAGCGCGUUGCGACUGAACUCGAGCGCUUGCAGCGCGAGGGAGUUAUCUAUAAGGUGGACCGUUCGGACUACGGCACUCCCAUUGUGCCCGUCAUUAAAUCUAAUGGGGAUAUUCGCAUAUGUGGUGACUAUAAAAUCACUCUAAAUCCGAUACUUAAAGAUUUUCACUAUCCGUUGCCACGAAUAGAAGAAAUAUUUUCAAUUUUAGCAGGGGGCGAGCAGUAUACGAAACUUGACUUAUCUAACGCAUUUCAGCAAUGUAUCCUUCAUGAGGAGUCUCGGGCGAUGACGGCCAUAACAACGCAUGUGGGGACAUUUGUAUACCGUCGAGUACCGUUCGGUAUCAAGUGUAUACCAGAAAACUUCCAGAAAAUUAUGGAGGAGACACUUAACGGGCUGCCGUCUACUGCCGUAUUUGCUGAUGAUAUUUGUAUUACGGGUAAAGAUAGUGCUACUCAUCUUAAAAAUUUAAGAGCUGUUCUACAGAGGCUAAAAGAUAACGGUCUUCGUAUUAAUUUUGAUAAAUGCCAAUUUUUUAAGGAUAGCGUUACAUAUUUAGGAUAUAAAAUUAACAAAAACGGUUUGCAUACUGACACAAAAAAAAUAAAAGCAAUCGUCGACGCACCACAGCCCACUAAUAUAACACAGUUGAGGAGUUUUAUAGGUCUCGUCAAUUUCUAUGCAAAGUUCGUAUAUAAUAUAAGUGAAAUUUUAAAACCUUUAUAUGAUUUAUUGAAAAAAGA